GGCUAAAGCAUUUCAGUGAAUUUACUUUCUAUAGGUAUCACAGUCAACAUCAUGUGUCCUGGAGUUGUGAAUACUGAGGUCUUCAGAAACAUGAAUCCUGUCAUCAACAUGGUGAACAAACUCACAUUCUUCAAAUCUGUGAAGACCCCUUUUGAAGGAGCUCAAACUGCCGUGUUUCUUUCGACUGACCCGGCUUUGACCGGGACCACUGGGGAAUUCUUCACCAAUUGCGAGGAAAUCAGUCCCAGUAAGUCAUCAUCUUUUGACAUUUUUGCAGUGGAUGACAGAGUAGCGAGAAAUUUGGAGGAAAGGGUUCGUGUUUUGUGUUGGAUCAUGACAACACCGGAGAACCACGAGAAAAAGGCGAUGCAAGUGAAGCGAACCUGGGGAAAGCGUUGCAAUACUUUGUUGUUCAUGAGCACCGGAGACGAUGAGUCUUUGCCAGCGAUAAAUUUGCACAUCGCGGAUGGACGAGAGGAAUUAUGGAACAGGACUAAAGCUGCUUUCAAGUUUGUCUACGAAAACUUCUUUGACGAAGCCGACUGGUUUAUGAAAGCAGACGACGACACGAGAAACGUGAUGUGUAGCAAAGGCUACAUCUUGAGCAAAGCUGCCUUGGAAAAGUUCGUUCUCGAAGGCUUGUCAAAUCCAAAAAUUUGUCGACAGGACAGUGGAGGAUUUGAAGACGCUGAAAUGGGAAUUUGUCUAGACAAACUGAAUGUCGUGUACGGUGAUUCGAGGGAUCCAGGAAAGCGAUGGAAGUUUUUCCCGUACGCUCCAGAUAUCCAGCUGGACCCAGAAGGUUUCAAAGCAGAAGAUAAGGCUUGGUUCUCAGACUAUAUCACUCACCCUUAUGUAUAUGGUCCAGAGUGCUGUUCAAACUUGGCGGUGUCUUUCCACUACGUUUCACCCGCAAUGAUGCAUACUCUGGAGUAUCUUAUUUACGGUUUGAAUCCCUAUGGACGUAGCAUCACUUAUGACGUUGCUGAAAGACCCACGGGAGACCAUCACCAAGCAAGACCUCCUCAUACAGUGAUUGAAGAAUUUCAAUAAAAAUGGAAACACCAAUUACAUUCAUCAUGGGGAUAUUUAAAAAAUUGGAGUAAAGAGAAAUCGUUCGCCACUAUAUUUUGGGUUGUGGAAAUUCGAAUAUACUGCAGGCUUUGCUGACUGAUGAGGAUUUUAAAAAUUUGUUUUAUAUUGCCUUCGAUUUUUUUUUUCAUAUUUAGACGAGGAUGUAUAUAGAUAUUGGAUUUUUUUGGUGUGACAUACUCACUGCCAUGGUUAAUCUUUGGCAUUCUGUUGUAGCUUUCCCUCAAGGUGUUUCCUUGUAAACCUAGCCAAAAUAAAGUUUGGGAAACAUCACAGAGCCUUUUUCAAAAGGCAAUGAGAUGUUUAGCGUUUGCCUCGAUUUUUGAAAUUUUACGAGAUCUUGGACAAGAGAAGAAGAAAUUACCUGCAUUCUUCUUGCCCAAUAUAAAGCUGUUUUGGUAAUCCUUCAUUAAUUUUUCGACGGCAAGGUGAGCAAUAAAAAAAAACGAAAAACUGAAAAUGAUUUGAAUAAAUUUACCGCCUGAAUAAAAAAAAAAUUUAAAAAACCGAUGGAAUCUUAUUAAAACUGCUGGCAGGGGAAUUCUAUUGAACAAUCACAUGAAAAACCACACCAAGCACUAUAAAGGGUACUCCUUCUUUAAGUUCUUUCACGUAUUAAAAGUAUGUUGACUUAAUGUUUACAGUAACCUGAACCGAGCAGUUGAUCUUUUUGAAAAUCAAGAGUUGUCUAUAUUCUAUAUAACCUCUGAAAGUUCUUUUUAAAAUUUUCGUUGAACAGGCGAACAAAAAAUGAUGCACAUUUUUAGAACUACAUGAAACUCAGAAUGAA